AUGUCAUCCUACACUAAGUUCCUUAAAGAAAUUCUUUCAAAGAAAAAAAGGUUGGAAGACUAUGAGACUAUUGCUCUUACAGAGGAAUGCGGUACCAUAUUGCAAAAUAAGCUGUUACCAAAGCUCAAGGAUCCAAGAAGCUUCUCCAUACCUUGUCUUAUUGGCAACAUGAAUAUAGACAAGGCACUUUAUCAUCCAGGAGCAAGUUACCCGAUUGGCAUCCUAGAAAAUAUCCCCAUCAAGAUAGGAAAAUUCUUCAUUCCUGUUGAUUUUGUUGUCCUAGAGAUGGAAGAGGAUAUCCAAAUUCCUAUCAUCCUUGGAAGACCUUUCUUGGCAACCGUCGGAGCUAUCAUAGCUGUUAAGAAUGGGCAGUUAACUCUCAAGGUAGGAGAUGAAGAAGUGGAAUUCAACCUGUUUAGAGCAAUAAAACAUAAACUUGAACCUAAUGAAUGUUUAAGGGUUGACAUAAUUGACAAGCUAGUUAAGGAGGAAUUCACAAAAAACAUUCUAAAGAUCCUCCUAAAAAAUGUACAGUGCACGACCACACAGCACAUAAUGAAAACACAGAAAUUGUAG